AUGGCCGACGAUUCACAAGACCAGAGCGCUUUCCAGGAGAGUGCGAACUCCGCGCGUUCCUUCAACGCUUCGCCCGACUCGCCAAAGAAAAAGCACGAACCCUCUCAAUCACAGACUGCAAAGCUAUGGGAUGCCUUUGGAAACCCCGAGGAACCCGCCAACGCACUUGCGAAAGCUACCUACAAACCCCAAGGGAAGGACCCUAAGGAUGUGUCAUACUCAGAGAUCAUCGGAUCAGUGUCACUGUCCGAGAUGUCCACUAUUCACAAGAGGCCAUGCGCCCGAGAAUCUCUAAUGACUGGUAUCGGAGUUGGCUUUGGAGUCGGUGGUCUACGGGGUGUUUUGAAAGGACGCUAUGGUCUAUGGUCCGCUGGCAAUUGGGCCGUGGGAAUGUUCGCGAUCACUUCGCUGGGAGCAUACGAAUAUUGUCGCUACCUGCGGAACAAGGAAUUGAGUGGCAUGGCAGAGGCGCUCGACCUCAUGAACCAAUUAAAGGCCAAAAAGCAACGAGAGAAGGACACCGCCGCGGAGGAAGCAGCACGCUUGGCCGAGGAAGAGAGGAAGAAGAAGAGCUGGUCUAACCCUACCAACUAUAAAUUCUGGUAG